GCCUUUGGGAGCUAAUGGGGAAUGGCAAACUCUUUGUUUAUUGCACCUGGCACUUUCUCAAAAUCUGCCUCAUAGGGACCAGACCAAUCAUUUCCUCAAGCAGAUAAGGAGGAUGCUUUCUCUCCCUGAGUCAAAGCUCUGUUUGUGUAAAUCAAUUGGAGUAAGCAAUUUUCUUAUCAGCCAUCUUGAGCAACUAAAGGAGGACUGUGUGAUUACUCUACAUGUUAAUCAGGUUGAAUACCACCCUUUCCAAAGACCUCAGGAGCUGGUUGAUUAUUGUAGGAGCAGAGAUAUUGUUUUUGAAGGCUACUGUCCUUUAGCCAAAGGUGAGGCGCUCACUCAUCCCACCAUCAUUGAGCUGGCAAAGAAGUAUGGCAGAACUCCAGCACAGAUUUGCAUACGCUGGAGCAUACAGAAUGGGAUUGUCACUAUUCCAAAGUCAACGAAGGCAGAACGGAUAGAGGAAAACUGCAAGGUGUUUGAUUUUACAAUAGCAGAAGAUGAUGUUGAAAUUCUGAAUGGAAUGCAUGAUGGGAGACAUGUUUCCUGGGAUCCAAGUUUUAUUGUGUGAAUCAAGGUUUUUGAUUCUAACCUGAGGAAAGAAGCUACGAAGUUUUUUAACACUGUGAAUAUCAACAGAAAAUUAAUUCAUCUAACCUAUUCCCUGUGGAAAGAAUAAUUUAAGCCCAGAUUGUUCCAAACUGGAAAAGUGAUGUAACUGAAACAAUAAUUAAUUUUAAACUGAACAAUAAGUCUGAAUCAUUCUCAUAGGUACUCAUUAUACUCAAGAAUCAAUAUAAAUGGUUUGUAUUUACUCUUAUGUUAACAAAUUAAUAAAAUAAUUUAAUUUAC